CAGUACGUUAUUUGUGAACUGCAAUCGUUCUUUUUUUCUCCAAACUGCUUGGGAUUCCUGAAGGAGCAAUAGGAUAUUCAAGGGUAUCAUCCUCUCCGCAGCUUUGCUCUUGCCCUCUUUUGUUUGUUUAGGAUAUCCUUCUUACGAUCUGGGGCCCGCGGGCCUGGCACCACAGAAUGUCUCUGCCGCGCCAGGCCAUGCAGACAGCCAUACGACGGAUCGGCCCUAGGUCCAUACAUCCUUUGUACCACUUGCGCGUUUUUAGUUUAAAUAGAGGGGCAGCUGCGCGGUAUGGGCCUCAGCAGUUAAUGGCGAGGCCAGAGCGGUCCGAGGGCGCUGGGCCUGUUAUUAGCGUAUCUGGAUCCGAAAGCGAUUCAGACACUGAUUCUUCUUUUCCGCUUCUUGAAGCGGAGGCGGAGGCGGAGCCGGAAGGUUCACCCAAGGCGCUCGGUCCAUUGGCUGGGCUUGGAUCUAUUAUGGGCAUCGCGCUGCUGCUGGGUGCUGGUGUUCUCCUGAAAGAUGUCAUACGAGACUUCCUGGUGUUCUUCAUGGAUGCGGUAGACAGCUGGGGCCCGCUUGGUUACUUGGCCUAUGCGGCAGUCUACACGGGACUGGAGGUGCUGGCAGUCCCCGCCAUACCGCUCACCAUGACCGCGGGGGUCAUCUUCGGGCCCGUGGCCGGCACCCUCAUCACCUCCCUGUCAGGCACCCUCGCCGCCACCAUCGCUUUCCUCAUCGCCCGCUACGCUGCCCGGGAUAGGGUGCUGCGGUGGGCUCGGCGCAACAAGAAGUUCGCGGCAAUCGACAAAGCGAUUGCACGGGACGGCUUCAAGUUUGUCACGUUGCUCCGGCUCAGUCCGCUGUUUCCGUUGGCAGCGUCAAACUACCUGUACGGCCUCACGAGCGUGGAUCUUUGGUCGUACGUUGCGGGAUCCUGGAUUGGCAUGCUGCCUGGCACGUACGCCUACGUCAGCGCGGGCCACCUGGGCAAGGCGGCACUGAUGGACGGGGAGGGCAGUGUGGGGGUGGAGUCCUGGCAGGUGGCCCUAGGGUUAGGGGUGACGUUGCUGGCUAUUGGCUAUGUGGGUCGUCUAGCCAAGACGGCCAUUGAGGAGGCAGAGGCGGGGUCGGGCAAUGAGGACACGGAGGGGAGCCAGAAGGCCAGCACCUCCUCUUCACCCUCUUCGCCUUCUUCGUCCUCAACCUCAUCCUUAUAUGACGCCACCAAUGGCGGCUCCGCCUCUACAACCGUCAGCAACGGCAUCAGCAAAAGCAAAAGCGAUAGUAACAGCGUAAGCAGUAACGGUAUGUUUCAAGUGAGCGUGAGCAUUACCAACAACAGCAGCCGCGGCAGCGGCGCUGGAGAGAGCGCCAAGGCGGGGUAG